GUAUCCUCUAAUUGAAGAUCAUUCACACAAACUCGAUAUUGAGUCCAACCUAUAAUCCACGUAGCCCAUGGCAAUUUACUGGGUAGUAUCUUAUAAAUAGAUUAUACGCUUUGGGUAUCUUCUGAGUAGUUGAAAAAUAUAGCUAAAUUAUCAAACACAACGUUUCACUAGCUCUGUUCAGUACUUUUUUUCUCCCCGAUUAAAAGUGUCUCAGCAACUUCAGCCUUUUAAAAUCCACCCCUACCUCCGCACUCAUCUAAAUUAUUCUGGCUACGUAAGUCUUCACUUCCGGCAGUGAAAUACUGUAACAUUUGGUAAGGUAAUUCACUUUGGCCGGGCAUUCUCACUGAACUUAUGGUGAAACAGUUUCACUUUUUACUAGCGUACAAGUAGAAAAGGCUUCUUUCUAAAGGUAGACUUUUGCUGUGUGGGAAGAUCGGGGGCGGGGAAGGACGGUCCAUUUCAACUCAUUCUUCUCCCUCCGACUUCUGUUAACUGUUUUAAAGGUUCUGGCUACCAGGCGACCUAACACCCCUAUGAGGUACUUCGACCUAAAGCAGUUCGCUGAAACUCCUACUAACAGCAGGGCUGGGAACAUUUCUAUUGCUCUUCUUGCCUGGGAUAUACGGUACAAGGGUUGGCCGUGGUUUGGUCCACCUGCCAGCGGAGUUUAAAGUUUCCAAGGCUCAGAAGAACACAGUGACUAGGACCAAACUGCCUAAAUGAGAAGAAGGGAAUUUCUGCUGCAAGGAGAAAGCCGUUAAACUCCCGCUAAGCUAACCACCUCUUUCACGCGGCCAUGCACACGACCGACCUCCUCUUUCACUGACCAGGGAUUAUUUCUGCCAAUCCAGGAUAUCCCGAAAGCUUGGAGACAUAUGGCUGGAAAAUGAAACGACCCCGGAGUAUGGCCACAUCUUACUUUGUGUCGCGUGGUACCAGAUGGGCAAUCAGUGAAUGAGGCAGAGAUGUGAACGGACAGUUUUAUAAUGUGAAUUUUCCCCCCGUAACGCCAACAACCAGACUUCGUUUUCCCUCUCACUUCUUUGGGCUUAUAAUACUCGGAUUUUCUCCUCUCUGCAAUAUCAAUUGACUCAACUUUGCAGUGGGGUGGCCAAAAGGGAAGAGGAUGAAGCGAUCUCUAAAAUCUUAGUAAGUGUCGGGGGAGCCACAGCGCCCGGGAAACUGCGGCUGCGACCCGCCUCGUCCUGUGCGGAUUUCAGGGUUGGUAACAGCGCAAGCGGUUAUGGAGCGGACGGUGCACUCCAUCCGCCGCCGAGGAUAGAGACCCGGGCGCCGGGAGGGGUCGGUUCAUUUCGCCGCAGCCUCGGAAGCCGCGGCCGCCUCUCCUCCGCUGCGUUUCAUUACCAUUAUCCUCGUUCUUGAAAAGUCAUGGAAGACGGCCCGCUGCCAGACCUCAGAGACAUCGAGCUGAAGCUAGGGCGCAAAGUACCCGAGAGCCUAGUGCGCUCGCUCCGUGGGGAGGAGCCGGUUCCCCUGGAAAGGGACAGGGACCCCUGCGGGGGGAGCGGCGGCGGCGGCGGCUGCAGUAGCAGCAGCAGCAGCAGCAGCUGCAGCCUCCCCCCCUCCCUGUCGUCGUCCUCCUCGUCCUCUCCAACCUCUGGCUCCCCACGUCGUAGCCACUGCAGCGCCCUGGAGAGGCUGGAAACCAAGCUGCACUUCCUCAGGCGAGAGAUGGUUAACCUCAGAGCCACAGAUGUGAGGCUCAUGCGCCAGUUGCUUGUUAUCAACGAAAGCAUUGAGUCCAUCAAGUGGAUGAUUGAAGAGAAGGCCACCAUUACCAGCCGAGGAAGCAGUCUCAGUGGCAGCCUGUGCAGUUUAUUGGAGAGUCAGAGCACCUCCUUACAUGGCAGCUACAAUAGCCUGCAUGAUGGCAGUGAUGGGCUGGAUGGCAUCUCCGUGGGGAGCUUUCUGGACACUCUGGCAGAUGAUGUCCCAGGCCAUCAGACCCCAUCAGACUUGGACCAAUUCAGUGACAGCUCCAUAAUAGAGGACUCACAAGCACUGCACAAGCACCCCAAACUGGAUUCUGAAUACUACUGCUUUGGCUAAUGACCCAGUUUUUUGCAUGGGAUUGGUGUGCAAUUAACUUGUAUUUAUCCUUCUUCUCUGCUGCUAUCUUUUUGGUGUGAUUUUUUUUUUAUAUAUAUAUGACAACCUUUUUAAAAGAAGCUUAUUUUGAAACUGCUUGAUGAUAAUUCUGUUGCUCCUAAUAUUUCUUAUCUGGACUGAUUGAUCUUUCUCUCGUACAUCUCUAUUUUUAUUUAUUACAAUGAUUUUUCUCCCUUCUUUACAGUGACACAAGUAAAGUAGGGGGAAAAAGAAUAAGCAAUAAUUAUGUUUUUGCUUUUGUUUUCAGAGCAAGGGGUCAGGGAUUACCAAAAAAUAAAUCUUUGCUAAAUUUUACAAUAAACCAAAGUCUGACAACAGUUUAUUUUGUUCUUUGUAUGCUUAAACAAUUCAAAGUUUCAUUUUCCAGAACAUACUGAAGUUUAUUAGGAUUUGUAUCAUAGGUUGGACAAAAGAGUUGCAACGAACGUAGGCAUUAUUUGUAGGCAAAAACUUCCUAGUAUAAAAUAAACAAUACAGCUAGUCACAUACUUCCACGUGGCAAUUAUUCGGAAGCCACAACUCUGUGAAAUCUGCUCACUUCAACUUUGAGUUCAUACUUUGGAUCGUACUUUUGUCUUUAGUGACUCUAACUCAAACUAUAUAAGCUUAGUUGUGUGAUAAUAUAUAUGAUUCUCCCAGAUUUCAAAGAAUAAUUGAGGUUAGAUACAUGAAGGUGAUUAGAGAGGUUCUAACUUGUAUUUUGAGAUUUUGUUGACAUUUGUUUAUAGGUGUUUUGUGAUUCUGAUAUGAUAUACAAACACAUAAAUCACAUAUAUGGAUGGAUGGAUGGAUGGAUGGAUGAAGUGGGAAUUAGAAUCACCAUUUAUGAAGUCUAAUAUAUCCUGUCAUCCUGGAGUAAAUAAUCUCUUAGUUUUCUGAAAUGACAUCCAAAAAUACAACUCAUGUAGUAAACAAACAUUUCAUUUUGGUGUGUUAUGAAUCUUCCACAUUCUUUUACCUUAAUGAUUCCUCAUGAGUGAAUUAUUGAGAUUUCAAACUUUUCUUUGUAAAUAUGUUUCUGUACUAAACACCUUACAGUAUGAAUCAAAAAGGCUUCCUAUUUAUAAUUGAAAAAUGUCCAUACUUGAGAAAUGGUUUCCCCAAAUUUCCUUUGUUGAUAUAUAACUAUUACACUCUUGUCAAAUGUAUUUUUUGCUUCCAGAACAUAUGUUAUUCCAUUUCCAAUUAAAAUCUAUAGGGUCUAUAUUUUACACCAGUCUUUUUUUCAUAAAUUACUUGAUAUAAUCCACAUCGCAACAAUCUCAUGAUGUGAAAAUUGUCUCUUUUCUAUAUUUGAGGAAACUGAGGCACAUGGAAGGUAGGUAACUGGAUCAAAUCACCAGUAAGUGUCAAGACUAGGAUUUGAACUUGAGUGUCUCUUAGCCAUAACAAUAACAAUGGCCCCUUUGAUACCUAUUGAAGUUAAAUAAUAAACUAUGGAUAAAAAAGCAAAUAUAAGCCCAUUACCAAAAAAAAAAAAAAAGACCAAUAUUUUCUUUCCAAUGAGUGAGAACCCACAUUUCCCAAUACUAAUCUUUCUAAGCCCUUUCCUGAAUUCACAUGUCCAGAGUCAGUUUUGUUCCUACAGGUGAAUUGGGGAUUUGACAUGCCAACCGUUACUAAUGUAUUUUCCCCUUCCUGCUUAUUUUUACUUUCAACUUAGCAAAGGCUGGCUGAUUGCCUAUUCUGUUCAGUUUUAACCUAGAAUUAAACCAAGCCGUUUUCAGCACAGAUUAUUUACCCAAUUAAAAUCUGAGAAUGUUCAUUAUGACCUACCAGAGAAACAUCCUUAGAACCAAGACUGAUGCGUUCAAGCAGAGGGUAAUGAAAUAUGUAACCAGAUGUCUAGCACUGUAAGAACAUCCUCAGUAAGAGGGAAGGAAGCAGACAGCAAGGGUAUAAGAGGCAUCAAGGGAAAAUUCUCACCCCAUCACAAGCCAGCAUUUGCCUAGAACAAGCCAGGUACAUGAACAGUGAUUUCUGUCCUCCGAUCAUACCUGCAGAUUGUAAAUCAAAUGUGGCAAAUUUCUUUCACAUCCUCCUCUUCCUAAUCAGUUUCCCCUGCUAUUUGCCAAUCCCAUGCUCUCUAUAUGUGUCCCAUCUGUGGAAAGGAUAUUAUAAAAGCAAAAGAGUAUAAUAUGGGAAAAGUGUGUGGAAUAGUUUUCAUUGAUCCAUUGUAUUUUAAGGGAAACUGUCAUGAACACUGGCAGAAUACUCGAGAAUUUUUUUGGCUCUAUGAGUUUCACUACUGUAUGUGCUUUACAUACUGUAUGUAUGUGUUCCUAUUGAUUUAUUUUUUUUUUUUUUGCAAAAUGUACCAAUUAUAAAGUCUAUGAUUUAAAUAUUAGAGUCCUACGAAGCCAACAAUGUUUUGAUUGUUGAUUUUACUAAGUGGAGGAAAAUAUACAGUCAAACAACACUAAUUACUAACAUAUUUAUUUGUUUCAAAAGAAUGAAUGCAUUUUUAACUAAAGAAUCCCCGUAACUAAUCUCUGACCUGGAGCAUCUGAUAUUUGAUCUAUGUCAGCAUCAUGAGAAAAUGGGGUAAAAAUUUAAAGCAAAAAUGCCUUGUGAACUAUUCUGCCUGCACUGAGCUGCCUUCUCCCAGAGAAAUGGAAACUGUCCUUGGUUCUAUAAAUCUCUCCAUUUUAUAGACCCAUCUGCCUUAUAAUGAGAAGGAGAUAAUUGGAGGUAAGGAAGUUUGAAAAUUUAGAAU